AUGCCAAAGUGGUGGGCACGCGGAGAGCAAAGGCAGGGAUGGGAGGAGGGAGGGGGUGGAGGAGGGGGAGGAGAGGAGAGGAGAGGAGGACGCGGGGCGCCGUCUCUCCAAACCGAGGACCCAGCACCACAGGAUGGCUGGGGAGGGGAAGAGACGAAGAAGAAGCACGCGCGAGGAAGUCUGGGACGAGCUGCCCUCGAGGCGAUCUCGGUGGAGAGAUCGGCGCCCGAGGGGCGCGCGAGCGCGGGCGCGCGGGGCCUUGAGGGGGCCUCCGACGCACUUGCCGCAGUCCACCUGCAGCGGAGAGCGCGGCUGGCCGAGCUCCCGCAGCCCCGCCCCGCCCGUCCUCGGUGCGCUUCAGCGCGGCCGCCUCGUGGGGCAAACACGGCCAGUCGGGAGAGCAGCAGUACACGCCGAGGUUGA